AUGGCAAGUUCCAGUAACCCCAUUCCGGCCGAUGCUACAACUUCUGAUCAAUACCAAUUAGCCAAAACUCAAGAUUUUUCACUUCCGAUGGAUGAAUUAAUGAGGUUGAGAGAUGAAGUUCAAAGUGAGACAAACAGGCGUGCAAGUGAAGAGGCACAACGACAAAGAGAAGAGGACGAGAAGAAGAGAAGAGAAGAAGAAGAAGAAACUGAGUCACUCUAUUGUGCAUGGUUACCACAUCAUUUUUCACGAGUUGAUCGGAAGGAAGAGGAGCGAUCUGAAAGGUAUCAGAAAGGUCCAAAGUACGGCAAUGCGACUGAAAGUGACUCUGAGAGAGGAUCUGAUGCAGGAUUUGAGUACCCAUUAGAAGAGAUAAAUACCAGUGAGGAGGAUUAUGGUGCUGCUGAAGAUAAGAGAAAGAUGGAGAAAUAUCUUGAUUGGAAGCUACGAAGGCGUUUUGAGUUUGAGAGAGCCAAUCCCAAGAUAUUUGCCAGAACCAUGCAUGAAGGAGAACCCAGGGUUGAGAAGAAAGAUCUUGUGAUAAUUCACCCUCGAGUUGCUUGUUCCAGUGAUUCUGAUGAAGAUCUCCCUGAAGCGUCCAGUGAUGAAGAGGAUGAUGAAGAUUCGUCAUCAGGAGAUAGUGAUACAUCCCCUGCUUCGUCAGGUAGCAGCUGCAGUGAACGAUAUGAGGAGGACUGGAGCUACGAUAAGGAGGACUAUUAA